GAACAAAUUCAAACAGCGCUCAAUCGCGCAUAGAGAAAUUUCAAAGUUGAGGCUCGUACAAUCAUAAUCUCUUAGCUUCGGAAUACCGUUGUAUUACCGCACCUCUUAAGCUUCUCAAAUUUCUCUUCCUUUCCACUUUCCUCACUCAUCUCUCUCAAACUUUAUUCUCAUUGUCCCUCAAAAACCCCCAAAUUUUCUAAAUCACACAAAUUUCCCCUCUUUUUUUACCUAAUUGUCGUGACUCUCAUCUAUUCCCGCGUUCUUUAAUUCGAACUCCAGAUUCUGGGGUGAGAAAAUGAUAAAGAGAACAACACUUGGAAGUAGAAUGAGAAAGAGAUUAUCUGAUAUUACAAAUUUGCAGUCGCAACACAAAUCUCCUUUCAAGAAUCAGGAGAAUGUUCUACCUGUAGUUGAUGAUUCUUCCAACAAAAGUUCCAUGGAACAACUUCUUAAGGAAAAUGCCUUGAUGAUGAAACUUAUCGAAGAGAAAGACAAAAUUAUCGAAUCGAAUGGACUUGAGCUGCAGACACUGAGAGUAACACUUCAGAAAACACAGCUGCAGAAUUGGCAAUUUGCUCAAAGCAAUAGCCAGAUGUUAGCGGAGCUUAAUAUGGCCAAAGAUAGGUUGAAAAACCUACAACAUGAGUUUGUCUCCAAGGAUGCCUUGUUUAAAGCAAUGACUCUAGAGCUAAAGGGAAUGUCAAAGAUGCACUGUGAAACAAAGAACUUGAAGGAAGGAGAGACUAAAACUAUAGAAGCAGCUGUGGAACAACCACUGGAGGACAUCAACAACGACGAGAAGAAAGUCUCAAAAACAAAAAGAGGACGCCCUGCAAGAAGCCAAUCCAUGGGACCUACAACGUCUCGGCCAGCUGUUAGCAAGGAGAUAGUGGAAAAUAAAAGGCGUUGUUUGAGAAGGCAAUCAAUGAGGUUGAAGCAUCCGGAGAACCAGGAUGACUUGUUCGAGAUUGAUGUCGCAAACAGUCCUGAGAAGCAGACGAUGAAUCCUGAACAUCGGAAAUCAGAUUCAGAUGUAGUAGAUUACGAAACAUGUCUCUCUGACUCAUCAAAGGGUGCAGGAGCACAGAGGUUAUCGAUAGGAAGGCCACAGCGUAGAGCUGCAGAGAAGGUUCAGUCAUACAAGGAUCCUCCUCUUAAUACCAAGAUGAGGAGACCAUAAUGAGUAGUAGUCCUGCAUCUGCCCAUGAUCAUCAGUUUGAUGUUCUCUGCAAUUAUGCCGUUUUUGUAGAUUUGUGCUAAUAUCCUUUUUGUAUCUCUGUUAUCAACUACUUGGUUACAUAAGUAGAUAGAAUUAUCCAUUUCAGAUGUUGUAUGAGUUAACUUAGAUACCUCUUUAUCAAGCUUGCAGUCUGCACUUCGAUUAGCGAGCUUCUGAUUUUAUUAUGCAAGAUUUAAUUCAAAUA